AACGAGAGUCUUAAAACAACGGAGGAAUCGUUUAUCGUUAAUUAAAGAAAAAGAAGAGAUAGAUAGAUAAAUAGAUAAAUGGAGAGAGAGAGAGAGAGAGAGAAACGUACGAGAUACCGAGAAGCUCGCAAGGACCAAAUGUGACUCGACUAAGAAGAUUCUAAUUACUAGUUCUCAACGUCGUUCCCUUUCUCUUUGCCGAAAGUAACGUCAUUUGAUAAUGAGGAUUCAUUGGACGACUGGAAGGUAGAACGGCGAGGGUAUUUCGUCAAGGACUCCAUUCUCGUCCGCGUCUCCCUCUUUCCUUCGAUUUCUCGCUCUCUUUCUCUCCCCUUGUCUCUCCCCUGUGCAACUAGCUCAGAACAGACGCACAGCCACGGAGACAAUAUCAUACGUCGGGAAAAUCGAAGAAUGGCAAGCAACAAACGUAUCUAUGUGUGUGCAUGUCAAGGUGUUCCAAUUUGCGUGCGAAUACGUGGAAAAAGCUCGCCGGUGAUUUUACAAUACGGCGCCUAACUAUAGUGCUCGGCAUUGUUAGAAAAGAAAUACUUUGUGUAAAAAAAAAAAAAAAAAGGGAAGAAAAGAAAGAGCGGGCGAGACCGAGAGACGAAAAGCGAGACAGAGAGGGAAAAGUCGAGGAACAGACCGAAAGAGAGGAGAGGGAAAAGAGACGGUGGAAAAGCAGUGGGCAAGCUUUCAGUGUGCCAUUGCCGCGGCAACUAGCUACAUAGUAUAGAAACGUAAACGAAGCCGAGAAUCAGCCUUCUCGAAGAUUUACAAUCACCGUUUGGAGCCAAUAACUUCCUACAGUCAUCGGCAAGUUUCCGACCAACGCAGCGGCUUUCCACAAGGAUUCCCAAAAUUUGCGGGUGCCUGUAUCUCGCGGCCAUAAAACUGCAACCAAGCCAAGAGAAAAGUAGAUAAAAGUAAGAAAUGACCAUCGGAAGCAGACCGAUCUAUCGAGCGGUAACGGAAAUCGCUCCACCGUAUGUCAUGUACAAUAAUACCAGUGGCACUUUUUACGGAUAUUGCAUCGAUCUUCUGAACGACAUCGGAUCGUUGGCGGGUUUCGAUUACACGAUCAGAAAGUCUUUCGACGAAAAAUACGGGGAUUUGGAUCCGAAGACUGGGCUUUGGAACGGUAUGAUCUACGAGUUAACGAGCAAUAUGUCGGACAUCGCUGUCGGACCCAUAUGGAUCACAUCCAGCAGGGCUCAGGUAGUGGACUUCUCUGUUCCGUACCAAAGACCAAGCGGUUUCACGAUAAUGAUGCUGAAGAAAAGGAGGCAAGUCCCGUUCCUCAGGUUCCUAAUGAUCUUGGAGAUCGAUGUCUGGAUAGGCUUUGCGUUCGCUUUCCUCUUCACGAUAUUUCUAUUAUAUAGUCUGGAGAGGUACUCGCCCUUUAGCUACCGGAACAAUCGGGCAAAGUAUCGGAACGAGGCGGACGAUCGAUUCUCCUCGUUGAAGGAGUGUUUCUGGUUCGCGUUCACGUCAAUCACUCCCCACGGAGGAGGAGAAAUGCCCAAAAAUUUAUCAGGGAAGAUAGUGGCCGGCACCUGGUGGCUGUUUUGCUUCGUCAUGGUCGCCGCUUACUCUGCCAAUCUCGCGGCCUAUGAAACUCUAGAACGGUUGGAGAGAAACAUCGAGUCCAUGGACGACCUUAGAAAGCAGUAUCGAGUUCGGUAUUCCACCGUGGCCAAUUCCUCGGCUUUCAGAUAUUUCUUAGCAAUGAGAAGGAUGGAGGAAUGGUUCUACACGAACUGGAGACGUAUGGCGUUAGACGAGAAUACACCAGAAGCAAACAGAUCCGAUUAUGCCGUGUGGGAUUAUCCGUUGGAGGACAAGUUCACGAAGAUGUAUCUUGCGAUGAAAGACACGGGAUUUGUUGGGAGCGUGGAAGAAGCAGUGAAAAUGACUCGGGAAGCAAACCGCACUUACGAGUUCGCCUUUAUAGCGGAAGCUAUAACCGUAAAAUAUUUGAUGUUGACGAAUUGCGACUUGAGACAGAUCGGAGAAGAGUUUAGCAAGAAACCGUAUGCUUUUGCGGUACAGAGGGACUCUCCUUUGAGAACGAAGCUCAAUGACGCGAUUACCAAACUGGCAAUUGAACGGAGAUUAAACGCUCUGGAGAAGAAAUGGUGGGACGAAAAUCCUUCGAGAGCGAAUUGCCCGGCUGACAAGGAUUUUAACGCGGGCUUCGACGUCGACAAUUUGGCUGUUACAUUCCUGCUAAUCCUGCUCGGUAUAUUGCUCGCUGUUCUAAUACUCUGCCUUCAAUAUUGCUGGUACUGCUAUCAGUUAAAUAGAAGAAUAAAAAAAGUAGGUCUCUAUGCGACAACGCGAUACACUUCUCGUAGAAAAUAAAUAAAAACAGAAAAAUGACAAUAACAUGGCAUAUUUGCACGUUUUUCAUGCUGUUUUGUGCGUGUAUGUGCUUUCGUGAAUGUACAGCAGUAUUUUUUCGAACUAUGUAACAAACAGAGCAACGAAAAAAGUAAAUGUUAAUCAGAGGAAAAUGGUUGUUUCCUUUUGUUUGUUCAUCGGUUUCGCGUAUCGCGUUGUAACGUAGCCGAGGCAUACAUAAAUUCCGAUAUUUUCGAUUAACAUGUACAUCGAUCAACUAACUUUGCCUGUUGUUCUUUUCUUUAUCUCUAACUAAAAUUAAAAUCAUUCCCAUCGAUCGU